AUGGCGGCUUCGAAGCAAGCCACACCCGAAGACGGCAACCUCCAGCCAGCUACCUCCGCCCAGAGUGAUGCUCCCAGUGACAAUGCUGUGCUUGAUGAUUCAGCAACAAUGUCAAGUUCGUCGCAAGACAGCAGUAUUAAUGAUGACAAGAACGGCGAUAAGCCUCAAGCAACCAAGAGGUGGAUGAAGAGUCAGUGGCUGUGCACAAAACAGAACAGUUGCGUGCAGUACAUAUCGGGCUGUCAGCUGCGAGGCGAGGACGCCUCGCAGCUGGAUAGUGUGACGGUGAAGGUGUGGUUCCAGAACCGGCGGACCAAGCACAAGCGCCAGAAGCAGGAGGAGGAGCACUCGACGUCCCACGGGGGCUCGGACUGCAAGGCGUCCUCAUCGCCUAGACCGCCGGCCGCGCUUUCCCCCGACAUUCAGAUGGACGACUCGAGCUCCGACUCGACGCAGCCUGACCCAUUGUCGUGA